CAGCCCAUCACCAGCGACCUAAAAAGCACAACACCUAGUAGCUGAACAGCACCAUAUACAACCCGAAUCUCUGAAUAUUCAGUUGAGCCAAAAAGGCAGGAAGAAGGAGGAACCAUGAUCAGUUCCAAGAGGCUUGUUCAGAUGGCGAAGAAGUGGCAGGCAACGGCUGCCAUGGCUAGGAGGCGGCUCACGGCGACGCUGGCGAAAGAGGCCGACGGUUCGUGCGGCACGUCGAUGCCGGUGGCCGUCAGGGGCCACUGCGUCGUGUACUCCUCCGACGGGACGAGGUUCGAGGUCCCGCUGGCGUACCUCGGCACAGCGGUGUUCGGCGAGCUCCUGAGCAUGUCGCGGGAGGAGUUCGGAUUUACCGGCGACGAUGGCGGCAGGAUCACGCUGCCCUGCGAUGCCGCGGUGAUGGAGUACGCGAUGUGUUUGCUCAGGCGAGACGCCUCCGAAGAGGUUGUGAGGGCGUUCUUGAGCUCCAUGGUCAGACCCUGCCACCACAGCGUCGGUGGCUCGGUGCCACCGAUGGGACUCGGGCGCCAACCAGCCAUCUGUGUAUAGCUAGCUAUAUGAUUAGCUCCAUGAUGUACAAUAUUAUUAGGUGUAUGUAUGUAGCCGGAUGGAAUCACAGGAAAUCAUACAGAAGGUUAUUCGUUUUAUAUCAUUUCUGAAGU